CUCAGUCGCUCUUGACUUUUCGACCAUCAAGAUAUCGGUGAAACAGACAAAACAAGAAGAGAUAUCGUGCGUGAUAGACAAAUAAUCAGUUUUAUUGCAAAAGUGAAAAUCGUCAUGAAAUUGCUCAAGUGUUUGGUGCCCAUAGUGGUGCUACUAUUAAUUAAAAAUUCUUCCGCAAGGCCUGGUGUGCUAGGUGAUUUAGUUGGAGGCCAUGUCGGUAGUUUGCUGGAUCCAUUGGGAAUUUUUAAGCCUAAGAGCCAAGCAAGUAGCCAAGCUAACGCUCAAGCUAACUCCCAAUCGCUAGGAGGAGGUUUAAAUAUCGGACCAAUCGGAAUCGGAGGUGGAUUUUCUUCAUCUUCAGCAUUGUCAUCAGCGUCAGCAAACGGCGGUGGUUUGUCUUCGGCUUCAGCGAAAGCGGAUGCUCAAUCUCAAGGAUAUGGAGGAUACGGCGGUUCCAACGCGCAAGCGUCCGCUAACGCUAAUGCACAAGGUGGUUAUGACGGUUCUUCGGGAAUCCUGGGGGGUUAUGGGAAUAAUGGCGUGAAUGACGGUUAUUAUCGUCCCGGUGUCAGUCAGGUUCCUAUUCAAGUCAAUCGACCGGAUUACGGAAGUCACGGUGGCUCUCAGUCUAGUGCUAAUGCUAACGCUAAUGCGAACGCCAACGCCAUCGGCAACGGUGGCAGUGGCGGAGCUUUUCCGGGAAGCUCUUAUUAUCCAAUACCUUCCCAAGGACCCAAGGUCGUCGGCAAUGCUAAUGCCAACGCUCAUGCGAAUGCGGCUGCAAACGCCGCGGGUAGUGGUGGAAUAAAUGUCGUCCCAGGCAAAUAUCCUGGCGGAAGAAUAGAUCAGAUAGAAGUCAUUCCGGUGAACACAUUACCGAUCUCUCAACCAACCUCUUCAGUAUAUCCAACACCUCAACAGCCUAUCUAUCAGCCAAUUUCUCAAGGAGUGGGUAAAGGAGACACUGCGAUUAUUAUCGUCGAGGAUUCACCAUCAGCGCAGUAUCCGCCGCAUCAUCAUCGUCCAGGUCCUUCUCAUCAUUAUCAACAUCGUCGGCCGCAUUACGGGCGUAAACCAACAAAGCAACAGCCUGUCGAGAUCAUUAUUAUCGAGGAGCCAGCGCCUAGCCAAGCUAAUGGUUACGGAAAUGGUGGUAUUCAAGGAACAUAUCCUGGAGGAGCUUAUGGUGACAAUCCCUUCUUAUCAGGCGGCUCUGGAUCAAAUGCCAAUGCCAAUGCUAAUGCUAAUGCUAACGCCAACGCUCAAGCAGGUGCAGGCGGUAGCGGCAGUAUCUUAGGAGGACAUGGAAAUUACGGAGGACAACAAGGUAGCAAUUACCCAACAGUUCCAUCAAGUCCAAUCGGCGGAAACAAUCCGUUUUUAAACGGUGGACAUUCUGGCGCCGGUAGUGAUGCCACUGCUAACGCUCAGGCCAAUGCAAACGCUGGAGCCAGUAAUACCGGACAUCAAUCGAUAGGUGCACAUAAUCCGUUCCUCAAUGGCGGCGCAUCCUAUGGUAACGCGGGAGGAGCGGGAGGAAUAAAUUAUCAACCAGGUGGUUCAGGUAUUGUUUUGGGCGAAAAGCCCAAGGGCAUUCCUACAACAUAUCCUGGACAAUUCCCUGGAUCAGGAUCGGGCUCGCUCGGAUCAGCAGGAGCUAAUGCUGGCGCUAAUGCCAAUGCCGGUUCUAUUGGAGGAGGACCGAUCAAAAGCAGUCCGAUAUCUGGAUCAGGCGGAUACGGCGGUGGAUCUUCCGGAUCGACCGUUCUUGGUGGUUAUGAAGGUCAAGGAUCAGGUGGUCCGAGCUUUGGCGGAUUUGGAGGACAAGCUGGAGGUUCAUCCGGUGCCAAUGCUAAUGCCAAUGCUGGAGCUACUAGCGGAAGCAGCGGAACCGGUGGUCAUAAAAAUGGCGGAAUUGUUCUUGGAGGAUCCGGUAGUCAAGGAACUGUUCUCGGAGGAUCUGGAAGUCACGGAGGAUACGGUAGCCAAGGCAGCGGUGGAUAUGGACAAGGCGGCUCUUCUGGAUUGAACCUUGGUGGAUAUGGCAGUGGUUCUUCUGGUGCUAAUGCUAAUGCAAAUGCAGGAGCUGCUGGCGGAACUGUUCUCGGAGGAUCUGGAAGUAAUGGAGGAUAUGGUAGCAGCGGUGGAUAUGGACAAAGUGGCUCUUCUGGAUCAAAUCUUGGAGGAUAUGGCAGUGGCACAUCUGGUGCCAAUGCUGGUGCCAACGCUGGAGCUACUAGCGGAAGUAGCGGAACCGUCCUCGGAGGAUCUGGCGGUCAUGGAACCGUUCUUGGAGGAUCCGGUGGUCAUGGAAGUAGCGGAACUGUUCUUGGAGGAUCUGGAAGUCAUGGAGGAUUCGGUAGCAGCGGUGGAUAUGGACAAGGCGGCUCUUCUGGAUCAAACCUUGGUGGAUAUGGCAGUGGUUCUUCUGGUGCUAAUGCUAAUGCUAAUGCUAAUGCUGGAGCCACUAGCGGAAGUAACGGAAUUGUUCUCGGAGGAUCUGGCGGUCACGGAGGAUUCGGUAGCCAAGGCAACGGAGGAUAUGGACAAGGCGGCUCUUCUGGAUCGAAUCUCGGUGGAUACGGAGGAGGUUCUUCUGGUGCUAAUGCUAAUGCUAACGCCAAUGCUGGAAGUUCAAGUAAUGUCCUUGGUGGACACGGAAAUGGCGUUAAAGGAUCAGGCUCUGGACAUGGUGGAGGAUUUGGUGGAUAUGGCGGAUCAGCCGGAGGAGGCUCAAACGCCAAUGCUCAGGCGUCUUCUAAUGCAAUCGCGUCUGGCAGUGGCUCGUCCAAAGCCAUCUCCGACGCUGUGUCCAACGCGCAUACCAACGGUGGAUUGGCGUCGGCGAACAGCUCCAGCAAAUCGUCAGCCUUCACAAAUGGAUCAGGAUCCGCUAAUGCCAACGCACACGCGUCCAGUAACGCAUCUUCUGGGACUUACGGUGAUAUAGGAUCAAAGAGUUCAGCCUCAAGCCAUGCGUCAGCCUCCGCCGACACCAGGGACAUGUUGAUCUUCAGUUAAAUAUUGUGAUACAACGAAACGGACGAGGGGAUUUCCUUAACCACAAGAGCGACAUAAUACUCGUUAUUCAUGUUUUGAUACUUCACGAGUAAACAUAACCGAUGCGAAUAAUUGACGCAGUUAUUACUUAGUUUUAUGACAAAAUGUUAUAUAAAAUUAGAAAUAUAAAUCCAUGACAUUAUCUAAUAAUACGUUCAAAUUUAUAAUCAUGAGUUAUAAAUUUGUACGCAUCUUUAAGAAUCAUAAUCGUCAAUUGAAGUUGUUCUCAAAAUUGGAAUUAAUUUGAUUUUGAGAAUAAACAUUUUCAUUUGUAAACAUUCUUGAGCAUUUAUUAGAGAUUGUGUAAAAGUAAGUAGAUGAUCGCGAUGAUUUUAAAAUUUUUAGUACAAUAUUUAGAGCACUUAAAAAACCUUAACUUAAUACUUGUAUUUAUCGUCCCACGAAAUACAUCAGAGACAGAUCGAACAUUGUUUUGCUCAAUAUAAAAAAGUAUUUCACUAAAAUCAAAAAAUUGCGAUAUUAGAAUUUAGAUAAACAAUCUUUUGGAUACAAGUGAAGAGAAAUAAUCUAUAGACGAAACUGACGUUUAAAUUAGUUGAUUGAUGACGUAUCUCUCUCAGACCAAAUCAUUUUUAUACUUAAGCAUUUAUAGAUUUUAACUUAAUACUCUCUUUUUACUUAUAAGUAUACUUAAAUAUUAUAUAGCUGCGUUUAAAUCGUCUUCUUUUAAUUUUGGAUCUGUGAUUCAUAUGAAACGUGCCAAAAUGCUGAAAUAUUAUAAUAAUUAUAAGCAUAUAAGAAGAAAUGUAUAAUGCACCUAAAUGUUGUCUAUGAAAUUAAAAUCCUGAUUAAAAUAAUUAA